AUGACGACGAUGUUGGACUUAAAACUAAAACAGUCUUUACUUAUACUUGGCUCCCUAUCGACACUCCGGGGCUUCCACUACGAAUUUGGCGAUAUGCGUCUGCUGGAGGACUUGGUACAACGAGACCUGGAAGCGUGGCUUCCGCGGGUGGGCACUGAAGACUAUGGAGAAUUCCAAGAUGCACAAACAGCACAUAGUAACAGCUGGAAGGCCCUCACUUCAGAAUUUGUGUCUGUCUUCCCUGGUGCCUUCCCGAAAGAUGAGGAAGCUUUGAAGACGCUAGCAUGUCAACUGCGCAGUCAGCUCAGGCACACUCUUGAACGGAUGAGCCAGCUCCCGGAUGGGCGUGAGAAGACAUUCCUGAAACCACUACAGCAAUUCGUGUGCGCAGAUCUUACGUGGGAGAUGAACGCUUGGCUGGUUCUUUACAGCUCUGCUGUGAUCCCUUCCGGGGAUCAGUUUGGUUCAAAACUGUGGAACACACGCAACCGAGACUGGAACCAGUUAGCGGAGUUCCUGGGUACUUCGUGUCUAUUUAGCAAGCCUCUCACCUCCAGGAAGCUUACCGCAACAUCUCUUCAAGACUGGAUCCGGAAGCUGGAGUCAUUAUUCUGUGGUCUAGAAGAUCACCAUAUCGACUCAAGCGAGCCAAUAAAUGUGGCGGUCUUUUACGUGUGCGAAGCGAAUGACAAUGAAUUCAUCAAACACUUUCGAGGCUUACAUUGCUUCGCCACCGUUGGGAGGAACGCCACUUCGGAGGCCGGCAAAUGGCUGUAUCGAUGCAUCUUGGAAAAGCACGAGUCAUCGGUCACCGAAGAUGAUCUCAUCAUGAACAACCGGGGACCAACAUACCACAAGACCUUUGAAGAUCAAUCUCGGGCCGUCCAAUGCUGGGAAGACAUUGUUGGAAACUCCAAACAUCUUUUAGAUCAUCGCUGUCCAAGGCCCGGUCCGGGAAGUAGGGCCGCAUCGGAUCGUCCUAAUGUAUUUAAGGACAUUGAGCUUUUCCAAGCAUACAUGAUCUAA